UUAUCCAUGCUCAGAUGUAAACAGUUUUCCUAACCUAAAGUGUCAAAUAAUAAAAUGUAAUGUUUAUUCUUAAUAAUUUUAAUGCUAUUUUUCCUUUAGAAUAAAUUUCACAAAAAUUUGUUUUUCUUUGAAGAAAUAUGAGAAGACGUUGAUCUUUCUCAUCAUCAUAUUUAUUUCCAUGCAGUUCAAACAGAUAUUUAACUUCAUUCACAAAGAAGAUAUUUUAUUGGAAAAAGCAAUAAUUGAAUGAAAACCUUUUUACAUUUGUUAUCUUAGGGGAUUUGUACGUUAUGGCUUCCGCUUCAAGUACAAGUGCUCGUAGUUUAUUUAUCGAAUCAAAGAUGCGAUUAGCAGACAGAGUUCAAGUUAAUGUUAAUAAUAUUGCAUCUUUAGCGAGACAAAUACAAAGAGCAUCUAGAAGUAGUGAAAUCUUGAUGCAUUCAGUAAAAAGUUUUACGCAGCAGGAACACGGCUUAGAAAAUUCAACAAAUAAUUUAAAAAAGUUAUCGCUUAUUACGACUCACUUUGAAUACCAAUUGGAUGCUAUUGAUCGAAGUUGUGCGAAACUGGAGGAAGUCACUGAACAAGUGAGAGCAAUGCAACGCUGAUCUAAAUUUAUUCGUCCUUUGUUUUUGUUGUUGUUUUUGUUUCUUUAUUUAUUGUUAGUUAAACUUAUUUUUCAUAAACUUUAAUUUAUCUUCGUUAUUUGUUAUAUGUUCUUUGUAAAUAAUUAUAUAUUUUUGUAUGCUUUCCAUUAUAUAUUUCUUUUACAAUAUUUGUAAACACUAAAUUAUAUAAUAAACGUGAAUUGAGUUA